UUAACAAAUCUAUUACUUGAGAAUUCAACAUCUUCAUCUUGAGGGAAUAAGUGAAGAUGAAAUAACCAGGCUAAUUCGCAAUUUAACCCGAGUAUAAUUUUAAAUUGGAACUUUGUUGUUUACGGAACAUGCUCUAUCCUCAAAAACCUGGUGAAAUAGGAAGAUAAAUUGAAAAACAGCAGAAUGUUUGGGUAAGGAAUAUUGAAGGAUAAGGGACCAGGAUUGGGAAAUUAUUUAUGUUUAUGCUCAGCUGUGAUCCAACUAAAUGAUGGAAAGUCUCUGGGGAACUUUGCUAGAAAGGAUGAAUAAAAGUUUAGAAUUAUGUCUGCAACAUAAUCCACUAUCACAAAAUUUUGACUAGAUCCAAAAGACAGUGCUGGAAUAACUCAGCAGAUCCACCAUCUCUGGAGAAAAAGACUGAAGACUGAAUGCCAAAGACAGGCAGCAUCCAUGGGGAACAGGAUUUGUGACCUUUUAGGUUAGGGUGCUUUUUCAGACCAGGCAUCUGCAGUUCCUUGUUUCGCCAUCUGGAAAAACAUGCAUAGGUGAUAUUUUGGGUCCGACACCUCUAGAUCAGCAUCUAUGAUUCUUUGUGUCUGCGUUAACACUAAAUUGAGAUUCCCUUCAUUUGUCCUGCCAUUGCUGCAUGUGACUUUAAGCUCUAGAAUAUUUAAUUCGAGCCUUAAAUCACACAUUUCGUUGUAGGAAGGAAGAUAGAUGCUGGAGUAACUAAGCGGGGCAGGCAGCAUUUCUGGAGAGAAGGAAUGGUGAUGUUUCGGGUCGAGACCCUUCUUCAAAUUUCAGACAUUUCGUUAUUUGCCAGGGUGUACUUCAGGUCUUUCACCAACACUAAAGGCCACAUGCAAUUGCAAUUUAUAAACGGCCGAUUUCGAUGUCAAUACACUCCCGAAAAAUAAAACCACUCAUCUUGCCGACUGCUUAUCAAUUUACUUAGAAAUAUUUUUGGAGGGGCUGAUUAGGAAGCGUUACUGAGCCCAAGGGAAAGUGGCAGGGUAUAAGCAAGCAUGGCUUGCUGAUAUCGUCAUUCGACUUAGUAAUGCAGCUAUCGCACACAGGACUUGGUAUUCUUAAAAGACCCCCCCGCGCUAUCGUCUGCACUCCUUCCAAAUUAGACGAGAUGGUUUGACUCAUUAACGAAACCAUGACUACAUUUUCGUUAGAGAUUACUUCGGUGGAAAAUUUAGCACCGUCUGAUGUUUCUCUCUUAAGGGUUUACCAAAAGAAAAUAUUUUGAAACGAAGGCAUUUGUACCGCACUUGACAUCUGCAACAAAAAAAAAUGUGUUGACUUUUGCGGCAAGGGGAAGUGAAUGUAGCGAGAUUCACUGACGGACGAGAGGCACUUUCCGAACUUGGCUCUGGAGUUUUCGGAAUCGUCCAUUACCCUCAACGGCAGUCGGAUUGAGAACAUGUAGAGGGGAUAGAUAGAGAAAAAAAAGGAAGCGUGAUCCUACAAGCAGCCAGAAGGAAUGCCAAGACAUUACAAGGUAUGAGCUGAAAGUAAUGGAGUAGAGGCUUUGAUAAUCUGUGGGUUUGGCAAGUGAUAUCCAACAGAUUAAUUGCUGCAACAGGUCGACAUUUGAUAAGAUCGUGAAGAAAUAGCAUCGCCAAAAAGGAGGAGGAGGCGGCGCGGGCGGCAGAGGUACGAUGGGAGAAUGGAGUUUCCUGAGCGACUGGCUGGACUCGAUCAAGACGCACGCCCCCAUGCUGGGGCGUGUGUGGCUGCUCCUCAUGAUGAUAUUCCGCAUUCUUGUCCUGGCCACGGUGGGGAGCGACAUCUUCGAAGACGAGCAGGAAGAGUUUGCCUGCAACACACUCCAGCCAGGUUGCAAGCAGGUCUGCUACAACAAGGCCUUUCCUAUCUCGCCCUACAGGUUCUGGGUCUUCCACAUAGUCUUUCUCUCUGUGCCGUCCUUGCUGUUUGUCGUCUACGCUGUCCACCUGUCCUCGAAGGACGAGGAGACGCAAGAGAAGAUUGGCAUCAUCCAAAGGAAGGAACCGUUGGCCAGCGACGGAGUACCAAGGAUACAGCAGUGCUAUAUUGUCCACGUUAUCCUUCGGCUUCUGGCUGAAGUUGGCCUGGUUGUGUCCCAGUAUUUGAUAUUUGGCUUCACGAUCGAGCCGCAGUUUAUCUGCACGGGUUUCCCGUGCCCGCAUACCGUGGACUGUUUCGUCUCCCGCCCAAUGGAGAAGACGGUGUUUUUGAUGUUUUAUUUUGUGGUCAGCAUCCUCUCCGCCCUGAUCAGCUUCGUGGAGUUGGUGCACAUAUUUAAGAAGAUAUACAGCCACCGGCAACUAAAGACGUUUGAGAAGGAGAACCGGUCAAACAGUAACUAUGAGAAGGGUCGAGAACCACACUCGGUCCAGUUGCUGGACAAGAUGGUCAUGGUGAACCUUACCUCCAACCACUCUGACAUCGAUUCUACUCACAAGACCAAGUCCUUGGGCAGUAGUAACAGUCGAAGAUCUUCCCAAUCGAGUGCAAAGAAACCUCCUCUCAACAUCUAAGAACUGCAACACAACUGUGGUGCAGCAAUGACAAGGAACUGCACACAUUUCAGGUGCAAAAAGUCACUUGUUCAAAUCCUUAUGCAUAUUGAGUCCAAAUCAGAAUCGAUUGUCAUUCACCCAUUUCCAAUUUCAUUGAGCUUGUAUAUUUGGUUCAUUGUUUACCCGUUAUUUGACUGCUCGUUAUCAAACAAUGGAAGUUGGUAAGAUGUUCUGGAAACUGACUUGAUCACUUGUUAAUUGGAGAUUAGGGGCAACAGGGUGAUGCAGCUAGUGAAGCUGCCACAUCAAGGCUCCUACGCCCUCUGGUCGUGUGGAGUUGGCACGCUCUCCCUGUGCCCGCAAAGGGGUUUCUCCUCCAUCCAGGUGCCCGGGUUUCCUCCCACAUGCCGAAGACGUACGUGCGGGUUGAUGGGCUAGUUGGCCACGGUAAAUCGGCCCCUGUUGUGUGGGGCCGAGUGGUGGAGUCUGGGAAGGGUUUGUGAGAAUAAAUUAGUGAUCAGUGCGGGAUAAGUGCGCUUGUUGGCUGGCGUGGCCUCAGAGGGGCCAUAGGGCUUGUUUCUAUGCUGCAUGUAUUUGAUGCAGAACGGGCCUUGCUGAUGGUGGGAGGUGUGGGUUCAGUGGGCUGCUGGGGGUCCGUGACAGAGCAGAAUUUGCAGGCCAAGUAUCUGCCUGAAACAGUGGGCGCAACCCGUUCAGUCCCUCAUGGGAGCGGAAGGUGAGUUAUGAAACCAUCUGGAAACGUUCCAUUUUGUUCAUGUUGACCUUUUCCUUCUAAUUGUCCUUCAAUUCAGUCUAGUUUAUUGUCACGUGUACCGAGGUACAGUGAAAAGCUUUUGUUGCGUUCUACCCAGUCAGCGGAAAGACAAUACGUGAUUACAAUCGAGCCGUUUCACAGUGUACAGAUACAUGAUAGGGGAAUAACGUUUAGUGCAAGGUAAAGCCAGUAAAGUCCGAUCAAAGAUAGCCCGAGGGUCCCCAAUGAGGUAGAUAGUAGUUCAGGACUGCUCUCUAGUUGUGGUAGGAUGAUUCAGUUGCCUGACAACAGCUGGGAAGAAACUGCCCCUGAUUCUGUUUAUUUAUUUAUUUAUUCAUUCAUUUAUUUAUUUGUUCACAAGAUGAGGAUCGCACUGUCAAUGCCUAUCCCCAAUUACCCAUGAGUCAGAGGACCAAGUUAAGAACCAUAGUUAAGAAUAGUUAACAUCUAGUUUUGGUCUGGCCCUUUCUCACCUUG